UACAAAAUAUUGCUCCAUUUUAUUAUUAUAUUUUAUAUUAUAAGCUAAUAAUAUAAGUAUCAAACAAACGCAUAUAUUCUCCAAGAAACCUUGAAGAUCCGAACAUGGGCAUUCUUGCAGGUUGGUAUUUCUUCUUCAUUUUAUUAGUUGAUCUCUCGGCUCUGGCUGCGGCCAAAACAAGGCAUUUUAAAUGGGGUGUGGAGUACAUGCGCUGGUCGCCGGACGGCGUCGACGGUGUGGUCUUGGGGAUCAACGGCCAGUUCCCCGGUCCGACGAUCCGGGCUCGCGCCGGCGACACCAUAGCCGUUGAGCUCACCAACAAGCUCAGCACGGAAGGAGUUGUCAUUCACUGGCAUGGAAUCCGACAGAUAGGAACACCAUGGGCUGAUGGGACUGCAUUAAUUUCACAAUGUCCCAUUAUUCCUGGAGAAACAUUUGUCUACAGAUUCAAAGUUGACAAGGCAGGGACAUAUUUCUACCAUGCACACUACGGGAUGCAACGAUCGGCAGGGCUGUACGGGUCCUUGAUAGUUGAGGUGGCGAAUGGAGAGAAAGAACCAUUCCAAUAUGACGAAGAGUUUAAUUUGUUGUUGAGUGAUUGGUGGCACGCGAACUCUCACGAGCAGGAAGUUGAUCUCAAUUCUAAGCCAUUUCGUUGGGUUGGUGAACCCCAGAGCUUGUUAAUCAAUGGGAGAGGCCAAUACAACUGUUCCCUAGCAGCGUCAUUUAGCAUAUCACCAUCCACUCGGUGCAGUUUAAGAGGGGGUGAACAGUAUGCCCCUCAAAUUCUAAAAGUGCGCCCCAACAAAACUUAUAGGCUGCGCCUUGCCAGUAGCACAUCCUUGGCUUCUCUCAACUUGGCCAUUGGGGGCCACAAGAUGGUGGUAGUUGAAGCAGAUGGAAAUUACGUUGAGCCAUUUGCAGUGACUGAUAUGGACAUAUAUUCCGGUGAGAGCUAUUCAGUGCUGUUUACCACCGACCAACAUCCUUCAAACAACUACUGGAUUUCAGUUAGCGUACGAGGAAGACAACCUAAAACGCCCCAAGGCCUAACCAUACUCAACUAUCUUCCCAACUCAGCUUCAAAGCUCCCAACUUCACCGCCUCCGGUUUCACCAGCGUGGAAUGACUACAACCACAGCAAGGCAUUCUCCGCCAGAAUCCUCGCCCUGGGCCGCGGCGGCCCCACCGGGCCGCCGCGGGGACACGACCGCCGGCUACACCUCCUCAACACCCAGAAUCUCAUCGACGGGUACAUCAAAUGGGCUAUCAACAACGUGUCGCUGGCCCUGCCGCCCACCCCGUACUUAGGGUCGAUCAAACUGGGGGUAAGAAACGCGUUCGACCGCCGCCCGCCGCCCGAGAAGUUCUCCGAGGCGUACGACGUGAUGCGGGCGGCGUUGAACCCCAACGCCACCGUUGGCAACGGGGUUUACACGUUCCGGUUCAACUCCACCGUGGACGUCAUCCUGCAGAACGCCAACGCGCUGGCGGCCAACGUGAGCGAGAUCCACCCGUGGCACCUCCACGGCCACGAUUUCUGGGUGCUGGGCUACGGAGAAGGGAGGUUCAGGGAGGAAGAUGACGCCGGCAAGUUCAACCUGAAGAAUCCGCCGCUGAGGAACACCGCCGUGGUUUUCCCUUAUGGAUGGACCGCGUUGAGGUUUGUGGCUGAUAACCCUGGGGUUUGGGCAUUUCAUUGCCACAUUGAACCACACUUGCAUAUGGGCAUGGGAGUGGUUUUUGCUGAAGGAGUUCACCUUGUCAACAACAUUCCUACUCAGGCUCUCUCUUGUGGUUUGACUGCCAAAAUGUUCAUGAAAAACAAGCCUUAGCUAGGUCGGUUAAAAUAGCAAGCAUGCUAUGAUACAUAAUUGAGUAUUGGACAACA